AUGAGCUCCAGGAGCAGUUCUUCUCGGCGAUCAGGCUCUCGAGCAGGACGACGGCGUAUCAGGUUGCUCGACGAAGAAAGUAAUCAAGCUCCGAACAGUGACGCAGGACCGCUGCCGAGCCAGUCUACGAACGGAAUCGAUGAUGAUGUGGAAAAUGAAAUCUUCCCGGACGACGAACCUCCGGUUGAAGAUGAAGAAGGCGAAGAACUGUUUGGCGAGAACAUGGAGAGAGAUUAUGAGCACAUUCCGGCACUCGACGUAUAUGAUCCAGAGAUUCUGGAUGAUUCAGGAGAGUAUUCUUCUCUCUCGAUGGAAGCCAGACGUGAAGCCGAAAAGGAAAUGGACCGAAGAGACCGUUUGGAAGCCGUAGCAGCUGGUGCUGAACUACCCGAAGGAUUGUUAUAUGACGAGUCUGAUUCCGCUUCUUUGUCUGGCGCUGCCGGCAGAAAGCGCAGAAGAAUAGCUGAAAGAGCUGCCGAGGGCGACGGUGACGUGCGCGAAGAUGAGGAAAUAGUUGAAGGCAUCGACGUGAUGGAGAACAUGCGUGGCCGCCCGGUUUGGGAGCACGUGCAGGUACCUGUAGUGGCACAGGAAAUCAGGAGACGCUUCAAAGGAUUUUUACAGAGCUUCCGAGACGAAAAGAGUCAGCUGAAGUUUCUGGAAAAGAUUCGAAUUAUGUGUCAAGGUAAUCAUUGAAU